CUUCUCCUUUUCCUGCAGGUGUUGGCACCGGGCAGUUUGUCACCGAGACGCUCGCUCUACCGGACCCUGUCGGACGAGAGCGUGUGCAGCAACAGGAAGGCUUCGUCCUACACCAGCUCGCACAGCUCCAUGCUCGAUCAAGCCAUGCCCAACGACAUCCUGUUCAGCACCACGCCACCUUACCACAGCACACUGCCUCCUCGCAUGGUCCACAACCAGGGAGCAGCCAACCUGCGCAGUGAGUUUUGGUUCUCUGACGGCUCCUUGGCGGAUAGGUCCAAGUUCAGCGACCCGGGCCUCAUGCCCCUCCCAGACACUGCCUCGGGCCUGGACUGGUCUCACCUGGUCGAUGCAGCACGAGCCUUUGAAGACCAGCGCGUGGCGUCUUUCUGCACCAUGACAGACAUGCAGCGGGUGGAGGCGCUGCAGAUCUCCAGAGAGCUGACCAGACGGGUGGUGGAGGCGGAGGGAGCAGCGCUGGAAGCAGACAGCUCCCCGUCCACGCUAACUGGCAAAGUCAACCAGCUGGAGGUCAUCCUCAGGCAGCUGCAGCAGGACCUCAGAAAGGAGAAGGAGGACAAGGCCAUGCUGCAGGAGGAGGUGCAGCACCUGAGACAGGACAACAUGCGGCUGCAGGAGGAGAGCCAGACGGCAGCGGCUCAGCUCAGGAAGUUUACAGAGUGGUUCUUUCACACCAUCGACAAGAAACCCUGAGCGGCGCAGAGAGGAAAAACAGAGGAAAGACGGAGCAAAAGAAGGCCUUCAUCCCUCCUGGGCACCCACUCAACUCCCAUGUAAAAUUCCCAGAUAAAUCCACAACGAAAACGUUAAAAUGACGACGAGUAUUAAAAGCCCCACACUUAGGAUGUUGUGCUGCACUGUGUGAGAGACUGAAAACCCAGAUCUGGACUAUAGUUUGGGGACUCCUCUCUACUCCUCUUUUUAAAGUUACUGGUCUCUCUUGGGAAACCUCGUGGUAUUUUGCUCCGGAGAAGACUUGAGAAAAGUAAUUCCAGGGGAAGGGAGCUCCGCUGAGUCCUGGGAUCUUCUUACAGAAGUGGAAUGUAAAGCUCAUUUACUGUAGUCAACAUUUAACCUACCUACGUAAAUCACGUCAGUCUACUGUACUGUAUACUCAGCUGUACUGUACGGGUGAAUCUCAAUACAUUACUACGUUGUGAAAGCUAAUUUAUUCACGCAACUCAUAUGAAUAAAUUUAAACACACAGGGUGAUGUAUUUCAAGCAUAAUUUUUAAUUUUGAUGUUUAUGGGUUACAGAAAAUGAAAAACAAAGUUACGGUACUUUCUAAAAUUACUAGCUAACAAAUUUGCACAAAACUAUCAAUAUUGUGCUAAUGUAAAAAGAAAACAAAAAAAACAUGAUUUUGCAAUUGCUGUGUUUCUGUUAAGUAAGAAAUAUAGUUAAAAUAAAAUGUGAAUAAGUUUGUGAACAUGAUAAGUCAUUAAAAAACAUGCAGCACCAUCCUCCUCCUACCACUUUCUGUUGUCUCCUUUGUAUUUUCUGCCAGUGGUAACACCCAGUUGUUGAUCACAUGCGAAAAAAAAUAUUUUUCCAAAUAUACUAAUUUGAAUACAGUCAAAAAAACACCUCAAUUUUUUAUGGCAUGUUUCCAUCAAGUACAUUUAUUUUCAUAACUCCAGUUUGCGCAGUUAAAUGGAAACACAGGUAUAGACUGUGGAAACUUCAUGUGGAUUGGUUUCUGUGAUUUUACAAAAUUUUUCCUUUCACUCCACUUUCCAUUAAUAUGCUUUGACACAGAAGCCUACAAUGGGCUUUGUUUUAUACUUCCCUCAGUUGUCUCUGAUGGUGCAACUCUUUCUACCACACUUUUUCCUUCCACUCAACUUUCCGCUAGUAUUUUUGUUUACAUCUCUCUUUGAACUGCCAGCUUUUUUGGCAAAAGCCUUUACACAACUUGUAAGGGAAGUCAGUAUCUGUCAGUAUGUUAAAAAAAUGGUUUUCUAUUAUUUUCUCAGAAACUGUGAAGUCAAAAUGAUCAAGAUUAAUAGAAAUGUGAGCUUGAAAUGAUCACUCUGUGUGGUAGAUUUAUACAACACGAGUUUCACUUUUCAUAAUUGAAUUACUGAACUACUUUUCUUUUUUUUAAUCUAAUGUACUGAGAGGCACCUGUAUCAAUCUGCGCACACUGUCACUCAGCUGUUUCUGCUGCAUCGGCCCUCACGGACGUUGGGGGAGCAGAGGGUUUGAGGCGAGAGUCGGAGGGGACAGGAAUGUACCAGACGAAAUAAAGUGAUACUGUCUGCCUGCACCAGGAGGAAUCCACAUAUGGUGGGCUUGAAAUGUUCAGUGUGUCGACGGGUGGGAGGGGAUGAAUGUAGCUCAACCGAGACCUUUUAUUUUCUCUGAAACUCUCGUUCCCAAAGCUACAGAAGUUCUGAACGUUUGACGUGUUUGUUUUCAAUCAACUUUCCUGUUUUUUAUUUGUUUUCUUUCUUUCUUUCUUUCUCCUCUGUGUUGUAACGUAGGUUCACAUGGCAGUAAUUUUGAUGUUUGAAGGUGCUUUCUCCCUCAGCACAUAUUUGUCAGUAGUUUCCAUUCACCGUCACGAUGUCCUAGCAAUAACAAAGUGGUAGUUACGAAACUGUUUUUUUUGUUUUAUUUUGUUGUUUUGGGUUUUCUUUUCUAAAGGAAGUUAGCACAAGUGUGGAUAGUUUCUUUCGAGAAGCAGAUGUUUUUUUUUGACAUGUAUUUAUAAAGCUGGAAGAGACUGUGCCUAAAACUGGUUGUAAAUGGAUUUUUUCUUUGUUUUUCUCUGUCAGCUCUCUUUUAUAAACACAUGCCUUGUCUGUGGCUCACUGAGAUAAAAUCAUUUGAGUGUGAGAGUGUGUGUGAGUGUAGCAGUAUGAGUUCUUAUGCAGUGGUUUCUAGAGUAUUAGAGCGGACGCCAGUGAACCACACUUACAAUGCCAAAUGUGUUUAUUUCUGUACAUAACUGCCACAGAAGUGUCUUGUAUUUAACACUAUUAUUUAAGCUUAUUUAACCUAAAGUUGUUUAUUUUAUGAAGCUUCUUAAUUUGUUGUUUUUUUUUUCUGCACUAAGGAGAGAUAAAGCUGUGUAUGUUGUAAAGUGUGUUGCUUUGCAGGGCAAAAAUACAACAAAAAAAUCAAACCAACAACCACAAAACAAAUUAAUAAGUAUAUAUUUAACUGUAUAAAUAAUUUUGGAAAUUCCAACAUUUGGAUGCUGCUAGAUGAACAGAUCGCUGGUUUGUAUGCUUUUAAAAAAAUGUCUCUCCUCAUUACCAGUCUCCUCCCUGGUGUGGGAUGUCGGACGCAUUUGAUUGUUUGUUUUCCUCUUUUUGUUUUUAUUUUUUUUUUUAUUUUGUUUUUAAUAAAUGUAGUUGUAAAAAUCA